AUGUCCUCCUCCAAGCGCGGCCGCAAGCGCAACGAUAACCUCCCACCCAAUCGCGCCAGAGACGUUCAGAGAGCGUUUCGUGCUCGCAGGGCUGCCCAUCUCGAGGCCCUCGAGUCCCGUGUAUCCGAGCUCGAGGAGGAGAACAAUGCUCUUCGCGCCGCCCUCAAUCUCCCACCCGCAAACCGCCCUGCACUCGGCAAGGGCCCCACAGGCAAGGAUAAGCCCAAGAACGGCAAUGCCAAAGACGGCGCUCCCAACGUCUCCGCCCUCCUCUCCAACAUCGCAUCCGGCGGCGGCUCGCUACCCCCCAUGAGCCGCACCGAGUCACCACUAUCCACCGGUUCUGGGAGUGCGCACUCCAUGUCCCCCGAUCCAAUCGGCCCAGGUCUGUCCCUUCCCCAAGCGUCUUCCCCCAAUGCGCUCGAUCCCGCCAACUGGAACGAUUCCAUGUUCGGAGAGAAGGAUUCCGACCGGCCCUCCACCAACUCUUUCAAUCUCUCCUCGUCCGCAUCCCACAACAGCUCUCCCUUCCCCCAACUACCACGGCCACCCACACACGACAUCUUUGCCCCACAAGCCUUCUCCGCCGGCGACGACAAGUCGUUUGGCUACCUCCCGUCCGAAGAGCGAAGGUCCUUCAAUGGCUUCUCCCAUCUCCUCGGCGCGCAGUCUUCACUACCCCCAUCAAUACAAUCGGGCGGCGACGAUUCGGACCUCGCGCCCUACCUCCAGCGACGUGCGCUUACUGAGCCCGAUGGCUUCAGGACAUUGCUUCAGAUGGCUCACGCAGGGUCACAACACGGCCUCGGCCAGCCCUCGCGCGCCGCGGCCGCCAACGCGCUCCUCAGCGUCGUCGACACACCACUAGCGGAAUUCGACCCGGAGCGGAGGUAUCCUCGGUUACGCUAG